GUGUGAAGGUAGGGGUGGGGAGGCCCCAGGGCGCUGCCGCGGCUCUCCUCGCCGUCCGUCCCUCAGGCGGGACAGGACCGGGGAGGGUGAGGAACAGCUGGUUAUACAUUCAGACCCUCAGUGCUUUGCUAUCUCAUUGCCGGGGCUCCAGAACCGCAGUAAGUUUCUGGCAACCCCUGCCGCUGCCGCUGAGGCUGGGCAAAGCCAGGACCGCGCCGCCCCACGCCGGGAUAUGGAGCUGCUGUCGCCGCCGCUCCGCGACGUAGACUUGACGGGCCCCGACGGCUCUCUCUGCAACUUUGCAACAGCGGAUGACUUCUAUGAUGACCCGUGUUUCGACUCCCCGGAUCUGCGCUUCUUCGAGGACCUGGAUCCGCGCCUCGUGCACGUGGGCGCGCUCCUGAAGCCGGAGGAACACUCGCACUUCCCUGCAGCGGCGCACCCGGCCCCGGGCGCGCGCGAGGACGAACAUGUGCGCGCGCCCAGCGGGCACCACCAGGCGGGCCGCUGUUUACUGUGGGCCUGCAAGGCGUGCAAACGCAAGACGACUAACGCCGACCGCCGCAAGGCUGCUACCAUGCGCGAGCGGCGCCGCCUGAGCAAAGUCAACGAGGCCUUCGAGACGCUCAAACGCUGCACGUCUAGCAACCCAAACCAGCGGCUGCCCAAGGUGGAGAUCCUGCGCAACGCCAUCCGCUAUAUCGAAGGCCUGCAGGCGCUGCUUCGCGACCAGGACGCCGCGCCUCCCGGCGCUGCCGCUGCCUUUUACGCGCCUGGCCCGUUGCCCCCCGGCCGCAGCGGCGAACACUACAGCGGCGACUCGGACGCUUCCAGCCCGCGCUCCAACUGUUCCGACGGCAUGAUGGACUACAGCGGCCCCCCGAGUGGUGCCCGGCGACGGAACUGCUACGACCGUGCUUACUACAGCGAGGCGCCCAAUGAACCCCGGCCCGGGAAGAGCGCUGCGGUGUCGAGCCUCGACUGCCUGUCCAGCAUCGUGGAGCGCAUCUCCACCGAGAGCCCCGCCGCGCCCGCGCUUCUACUGGCCGACGCGCCGCCGGAGUCGUCUCCCGGCCCGCAGGAGGCGGCCGCCGGGAGCGAGGUGGAGUGCGGCACCCCCGCCCCUUCCCCCGACACUGCCCCUCAGGGCCUCGCGGGCGCGAACCCCAACCCGAUUUACCAGGUGCUCUGAGGGGUUGGGCGGCCUCAUCGGGGGGCGCCGCUGCCCACGGGCCCGAGGGAUGGUGCCCCUAGGGUCCCUCGCGCCCAAAAGAUUGCGCUUAAGUGCCAACCACUCUCCUCCCAACAGCGCUUUAAAAGCGACCCUCCCGAGGUAGGAGAGGCGAGGGAACUGUUGUGUUUCCGCCUCCCGCACCCCAGGGCAAGGACAUGGUCCUUCCCCCCCAACACCCCCGCCCCGCCCC